AUGGCCUCUCCCCGCGUCCUCCCCCAUCCCUCCCCCCUUUCCCCAUUCCUUUCUCUUUCCACCCCGCUCACCCGCGCCUCUCUCGCCUCCAUCCGCACCGCCAUCGCUGCCUACACCCCACCGCCUGCCGACCCCGCAGAGGCACACGCCGCCGUCCUCAUCCCCCUCUGCAACGUCGCGGGCCAGCCGGGCAUCCUCUUAGAGGUCCGCGGAAAGCUCCGCAUACACGCCGGCGAGGUCAGCUUCCCCGGCGGACGCGUCGAUCCAACCGACUCUUCCUUCCUCGCCGCCGCACUCCGUGAGACCCAUGAAGAAGUCGGCAUCCCCCCCGACCAGAUCGAGGUCCUCGGCCAAGUCGGCCCCCCACAACUCUCCCUCGGCGGCCUUCGCGUCUGGCCCUUCGUCGGCUUCGUCCACGCAUCCCCCACCUUCACACCCACCGUGAAACCCGACGAUGUCUCCGCCACUACAAACCUCCCAGACACGGCCUUCCUCCCCUCGCUCCCGCUCUCCACCCUCCGCGUGUCUUCUCCAGAAGUCGCCCACGCGUUUCACCUCCCGUUCACGGCGAUGACCGCCCCCUCCCGCCUCCGCGCGCACCUCUUCCGCGGCGGCCAACCGUACUGGGCCGUCGGCGUCGCGGACCUCGUCAGGCGGUUCGGCGUCGGGCCCGCGGGCCCGGGGCGAGGCGCGGACUUGCCGGACGAAAUCGGCGCAGGGCGCGGCGGGCUCGAAGUGUGGGGCCUCACCGGGUGGUACCUCUCGCUCCUGAUGCGCGCCCUCGAGAUUUAUCGCUAG